GUCGAAAAGUUAGUGGAGGACCUUAUAUAAGAGCAGUCGCUCCAUUGAGAGAAAAGUUAGUUAGCAUACAUAUCCCCGUUGCAUCCAAUUCAAUCAAGUAAGAAGAAAGUUAAGAUGCACCUAUUGAGAGCGGUCCUGAUUGCAAUUGCACUUUGGAAGGACAGUGCCCUCGGUUUUAGUGUUCAGCCUGAGUUAGCCAUUGACCCAGUGAUAUGCGACGCGCAUAACCAUGGAGACAAAAUCCCUAACCCCGUGGAUUGUAGUUCCUUUUACGUUUGUGAUCGUGGCAUCCCCGAGCUUGUACAAUGUUCAGAUGGAUUACUUUUUGAUAUCAAGUUGAAAGUGUGUAACUGGCCCGAAAGAACGACGUGUGUUACUGGAUCGAUUCCAACUAGACCAUCGGAGUUGCCUUCUCUUGAAACCUCUACGGUCAUUACUGUCCCUGUUUCUGAAGAGCCUGAGCCGACACCACCAGAAGUGAUACCAUCCAGCGAUAGUCCUUCUACAUGGAUUCCCAACACAGGUCCUGCCAUUGAAGUGCCAAGUAAAAUUCAGUGCACUGAAGAAGGAUUUUACUACUUGCCUCAUCCAAGUAAUUGUGAAUACUACUAUAUCUGUAUUUCUGGUAUUCUUCAUGAAAAUUUCUGCGGGUUGGGCUUGCAUUGGGAUUUCUUGAAACAACGUUGUGAUAGGCCAAACGUGGCCUUCUGCUAUGUGGACCUAAUUUCAAAUAGUAAGCCCGAAGUUACUGGAGACCAAUCUGGAAUAGGAGGAGGUGAAACAAAACCUAAUCCUGUUACACCUGAGGAUAACAAUCCUGCUGAAGGAGAACAAGGAACUCAUCCUGAGGUCGCGGGUGGCGAUACAUCAGGAGCUGAAAUCGUAACAUCAACGAUUGCCCCAACAACUGAUCCUGAGAUCAUAACUUCCUGGGAAACUCCAAAAGAUAGUGAACAUACCACUAUUCUUCCUACAAUGGAUCCCACAUCGGAAAUUGUUAACACGACAAGCACUGACAUCAUCACGCCUUGGGAAACCCCUGAAAACAGUGAAUAUACUACAGUUUCGUCCACAACGGAUUACUCUCAAGAGCCAACCCAAUCCUUCCUAAAUCCUGAAGAUGCUUUAACAGCAACAGCUCCUCCACCACAUCCCAUGGAUGGAUAUGAUCCGUCUCAUGUUCGAUGUAUCCAUGAGGGGGUGUACUUCCUACCACACCCAACAAAUUGUGAAAUCUACUUCAUUUGCAUCAACCACACGAUGCAUCUCCAUCGAUGCGGACACAACAUUCACUGGGAUUAUAUUUCCAAUCUCUGUUCAGCUCCAGCUCCUUACCGUUGCUAUGCAUUCCGAAACACUUCUUCCAUUGAAGAUGAAAAUGGAGCCAAUGGAGUCGUAGUCCCACCUCCAGAAAACCCAAUGGAAGGUUAUGAUCCCGAGUUCAUCCGAUGCAGCCAUCCAGGAUUUUAUUACUUACCGCAUCCAACGAAUUGCAAGCUUUUCUUUGUUUGUUCAAAUUGGACAUUGAAUAUAUAUCAAUGCGAUGAAGGAUCGACAUGGAACUACUUGGAGCAGCAGUGCAUGUCAGUAAAUGGAAAAUGUUACUUCGAAUCAAUGCAGCCAGAUUCGACCACAACUACAGAAGAGGCGGAGCAUAACUUAUCCCUUAUUUUGGAAGGCUAUAAUCCUGAUCAGAUUCGCUGCAUACACAAUGGAACAUACUUGCUGCCUCACCCCACAUUGUGCCAGCUAUAUUUCAUGUGUGCAAACCGAACUUUGAGUCUGCACGAAUGUAAGCGCGAUUUGAUGUGGAAUUACCGCUUCGAACGGUGUGACCUAAAAGAAAACUCUGUUUGCUUUGACUCCUCCGAGUACCGCAGCACUGAGGCGACUCCGUCUACAACUUCAACUACAACCUCAACUACAACUCCAGCUCCAACAACUUCAACCACAACCCCGAAGCCUACUACAAUAACCACCCGAACUGCCCCCACGGUUACAACCCCUCCCCCGCCAACAACAACAACUGAAUCGACUACAACAACUUCAACAACUUCCCCUAAACCAAAAACCACCUUGGGUGUCCACAUGCCAAUAGAGUUUGAAGUUUACGAUGAAAUAAACGGAAGUACCAUAGACGAUCUAGAUGUCCUGCCGAAAUGUCCACGUCACCAAGCCUUCUUCCCACACACUAAGGACUGUCAAAAAUACUACAUAUGCAUUGGAGGUGUACCAAUUUUGACUAAGUGCCCUGAUAACCUUCAGUGGGAUGCUCAAGAAAGGAUGUGUGGUAUGCCAUCGCAUGUUAAGUGUAAUGUUGGUCGCAAGGCUUGAAUAAAGAUGGUAUACCCUUAUUUUAAGAACUGAAGGACAUUAUUUUGUAAUUUUGGUUGAAUAAAUUCAGUAGUGUUUAUUUUUCUUUAUCAGGAA